AUGGCCGCCGAACAGAAGGCAGGAGAUACAAUCCACUUUGAAACAUCGGACGAUGGACUCGGUUAUCUCAAGGACGUGGGUCUCCACGAUGCUACCCUUGCCAGUGGUGCCCUCGAGGGCACUGCCCAAGAGCACAGCAUGGGUGUCUUUCAAGCUUUGAAGGCGUACAAGCGCGCGGCAUUCUGGUCGAUUCUCAUCUCCACCACCGUCGUCAUGGAGGGCUACGACGUCACGCUGUUAGGCUCGUUCUACGGCUAUCCGAGCUUUCGACGCAAGUACGGAGAAUUUCUGAACGAGGAGAGCGGCUACCAGAUCUCGGCCAACUGGCAGCAACGCUUUAACUGCCUGGGUGCCUUUGCCAACAUUAUCGGCGCUUUGUUGAACGGUUGGGCCACAGCCAGAUGGGGCCACCGCAAGGUACUCAUGGUUAACUUGUUCUCGCUGGCUGGGCUCAUUUUCAUCGUCUUCUUCGCCCCUACCAUUGAAGUCAUGCUCGUCGGACAGUUCCUCUGCAACAUCCCCUGGGGUGUUUUUGCCACGACCGGGCCCUCAUACGCGGCUGAGGUCACACCUUUGGCUAUUCGAGGGUAUCUCACCGCGUACGUCAACCUCUGCUGGUGCAUUGGGCAGUUUAUCUCCGCUGGUGUCCUCAAAGGCCUCGUCAACAACACGACGCAGUGGAGUUAUCGCAUAGCUUUUGCGAUCCAAUGGAUUUGGCCGAUCCCGCUCUUCCUGGCUGCUUGGUUCGCGCCGGAGUCGCCCUGGUACUUUGUCCGAACGGACCGAAUUGAAGCCGCCAGAAAAUCGUUGGAAAGGCUGACCCAGCCAGAACACCAUGGCGAGAUCGAUGCCACUAUUGCUAUGAUGGUUCACACGAACAAACUCGAGCUCCAGGAGCGAGCCGGUGUUAAUCUCUGGGAUGCUUUCCGAGGCACAAACCGCCGGCGGACUGAGAUUGCCUGCAUGGGCUUCCUCUCCCAGAUCACGAACGGCGGCGCACUCUGCUACAGCGGAUCCUUCUUUUUCCAACAGACCGGUAUCAGCGCCAAUGCCGCGUAUGCCAUCUCGUUGGCCGGGACCGGCAUUGCUUUUCUGGGUACCAUCAUCUCUUGGUUUUACAUUUAUCGCUGGGGUCGUCGCAUCAUCUGGCUCACUGGAUUUACCUGUCUGGUGGUGAUUUUGUGGACCAUCGGUUUCCUGGCUCUGCCAUCACAGACCAAGAGUCUUGCGUGGGGACAGUCGAUCCUGUGUCUUGUCUGGCUGGGGGCGUACUCCAUGACCGUGGGGCCCAUCAUCUACACACUCGUCGCCGAGAUUGGCUCAACUCGCCUCCGGACGCAGACGGUGGUCCUGGCGCGCAGCACGUAUUAUGUUGGGAACAUAAUCUGCGGUGGACUGCUUCAGCCUGAGCUGAUUUCUCCGGGAGCAUGGAAUGCCAAGGGGAAGACUGCUUUCUUCUGGGCUGGCCUUGCGACAUUGACCUUGCUGUGGGGCUACUUCCGCCUGUUUGAGACCAAAGACAGAACCUUUGGCGAGCUGGAUUUCAUGUUCCAAAACAAUGUCCCAGCCCGCAAAUCUGCCAAGUACCAGAUCAGAGAGGAGGAGCUCUAUGCCGCAGACAGCGAGGAGAAGAAGUCGUCAUCCCAAGUGGCCUAA